GUCGACAACUUCCGUGUUUUGCUAAUCCCGGUAGGUCGGAGUAGUGCUUUUGGUGUUCGAUUAGCAUGCAAAAUAUGCUGACCCUUAUUUCCAACGUGUUCAGAGGUACCGCCACCAAAAAUGUGGGUGCCAUGGCGGUGGUGUCGGCACGCUCCUAUGCUGACUUCACCCAACAGGCCAGCUUUGACAUCAAGAAGUGUGAUAUCCACCGCUUAGAGAGUGGUCCUCCCGUGGUAGCGGAGCUCACCAGGGACCAGGGUCUGCAGUACUACCGGACCAUGAACACCAUGAGACGCAUGGAGCUCAAGGCUGACCAGCUCUACAAACAGAAGAUCAUCAGGGGCUUCUGCCACCUGUACGACGGACAGGAAGCAUGUGCGGUCGGCAUCGAGGCAGGCAUAAACCUGUCCGACCACCUGAUCACAGCCUACCGCGCACACGGCUACACCUACACACGGGGUGUGCCCGUCAAAGAGAUCAUGGCGGAACUCACGGGUCGUAAAGGGGGCGUGGCUAAGGGGAAGGGAGGAUCCAUGCACAUGUACGCAAAGCACUUCUACGGAGGCAACGGCAUUGUGGGAGCUCAGGUUCCACUGGGUGCAGGUAUUGCCCUAGCCUGUCAGUACCAGGGUAACAACCAGGUGUGUGUGACACUCUACGGUGACGGAGCAGCCAACCAGGGCCAGAUCUUCGAGUCCUACAACAUGGCGGCUCUAUGGAAGCUGCCGUGUAUCUUCAUCUGUGAGAACAACAAGUAUGGCAUGGGGACGUCUGUGGAGAGAGCCUCAGCCAGCACUGACUACUAUAGGAGAGGAGACUUCAUACCAGGAAUCAGGGUGGAUGGAAUGGAUCUGCUGUGUGUGAGAGAAGCCACCAAGUUUGCAGCGGAUCACUGCAGAGCUGGGAAGGGCCCUAUCCUAAUGGAGCUGCAGACCUACCGUUACCACGGACACAGCAUGAGUGACCCUGGGGUCAGCUACCGUACACGUGAGGAGAUCCAGGAAGUGCGCAGUAAGAGUGACCCCAUCUCCACGCUGAAGGACCGCAUGCUCAACAACAACAUGGCCUCAGUGGAGGAGUUCAAGGAAAUCGACGUGGAGAUCCGGAAGGAGAUCGAGGAGGCGGCCCAGUUUGCCACCUCUGACCCCGAGCCUCCACUGGAGGAUCUCUGUGACCACAUCUUCUACAACGAGCCACCCAUGGAAGUCCGUGGAACUAACCCAUGGUCCAAGCUGAAGUCUGUGAGCUAGAUACACACACACAGUAAAUCCUGGUUAAAAAAGCACGCGCACAAGCCCGUGAACCAAUCAGUGAGCCUCAUUCCCCCACUCAGCUUACUGUGAACGCACAAAGAGAGACGACCGUGCCGGGGUCCACAGUGGGUCAGGUAGCAGCAUUCCCCGUGGGGCCAAGUAGAGCACCCCUAAUGUUAUUUAUUGAGACUAUUUGUAGAUAGAUUGUUAUUAUUCAUGUAUUUAUAAUCCUUCUUGUGGUUCCGUGGGAUCAUUCCUUUGGUCAGAUAGGUUACAUCCUUGUUCCCACAUACCAGUUUUUACCACACGUGUAAUAGUGCCGGGCUCUUGGAAUGACAUCAGGCCUUUCAUUAUCACACCUAUCUGUAGACAAAUAAGCGGUAGAGUUUAGUUUGACAUUGGAUUCGACAAGACACUUACUGUAAUGAACCAGCAUGGGGGAAGUGGCCACUCUCUGUGGCUCAGUGGGAGUUUGAGGCAGGAGCAGCUUGAGUCUUUCUGUUUGAAAUGUCACUUGCUAGCAUUGGCUCACUGUCAGAUGGUGUGAUUUGGGGGAACUGGCUCGUGUUAAUAUGAUGUAAAAGAUUUGAAGGUCAAUGGCUGGAUGUUGUGGCAGUCCCUGGUUGAAAUAAUGUGUGGUUUGGGUAAACUCAACUAGCUUCUCUUUAUGGAUGACGUUAUUGCAGGAUAACAUCAGAAACAAAAUGAUUGGCUGCUUGCAUUUUCCUUCUCUCUCUUUAUCCUACCAAGCCAUGCACUGCGUGAAUAUUAUGCCUGAGUGGAAAUGAAAAUACUGCUUGUAAUGCAGCGAUGUCAAUGAUUAAAUAAAGAUGACUGCCCCUG